AUGUCUUCGGAGCCGAACGUUGCCAUAGUGACGGAGGACAAAACCUACGCGGUGAGCAAGAGGAAGCUGAUCGAGAAGAGCGACUACUUCCGCGCUCUGUACAACUCGGGGAUGAGGGAGUCCACGGAGGACUCGGUGCAGCUGCAGGGCCUCAGCGCCCCCGGCCUGGAGCUGGUGCUGGAGUUCAUCGACACCUCCAAAGUGGAGCUCGCCAACGAGACCCUGGAGGACCUGAUCGAGGCCGCCUCCUUCCUGCAGGUCACCUCCAUCCUCAAGCCGCUGACGGCCGAGAUCCGGCCGGACAACUGCGUGGAGCUCUACGGCUUGGCGGAAGUCUACGGAACCCACGAGUUGAGUGCCGCCUGCCUAAAGUUCAUGAGCUGCUACUACCAUCCCAUGAUGAGGCGACCCGAGUUCUACCGCCUUCCCGCCGCCGUAAGGGAGCGGGCGAGGGAGACGCGGAUGAACGGCGCCGCCGCCCUGGUGAUCAUCAGGGCCUCGGGCGGCCCGGACGCGCCCGAUCGGGACCAGGCCUGGUCUAUGCUGAGAUACGGCGAGGCCGAUCAGCGCUGGAAGCCUCUGGCCAACAACCUGCCGGCCGACCUGAUCAACGUGCGGGGGUACGGCUCGGCCGUGCUGGACAACUACCUCUUCGUGGUCGGGGGCUGGCGCGCCAGCAGCCAGGAGAUCUCGGCCGCGCAUUGCUACAACCCUUGCGGGAACGAGUGGAUCCAGGUGGCGCCGCUCAACCAGAAAAGGUCCAACUUCAAGCUUCUGGCCGCGCAGGGGAAGCUGUACGCCGUGGGGGGCCAGUGUCUCGGUACGGUGGAGUGCUACAGCCCCGAGAACGACUUCUGGACCUGCGUGUCCUCCAUGCCCGACCCGUUGGUGGAGUUCUCGGCCUGCGAGUGCCAGGGGAUGAUCUACGUCAUGGGGGGUUACACGGCGAGAGCUCGAAACACCGACCUCCUGCGCUACUGCCCCGCGGCCGACGCCUGGACGGCAUUCCGCCCGUGCGUGCCGCACGUGCGCAAGCAGCAGAUGCUGUCGGUGGAGGACACCAUCUACCUGGUGGGGGGCUACACGCGCGAGCCGGAGCACGCCGGCGAGACGGAGGACGCUCUGACCGUGCAGUCGUACAACGUGACCACCGGCGAGUGGCUGCGCCUGAAGGAAAAGGCGUCCAAGUCGGGCUUGAACCUGACGUGCGCGCUGCACAACGAAGGCAUUUACAUCAUGAGCCGCGACGUGGGCUUGAGCACCAGCGCCGCGCAUCGCGUCUUCCUCAAAUACGACAUUUUCUCCGACGCUUGGGACUCUUUUAGGCUCCUGCGUUCUUUUGGACACAACAUGCUGCUCUGCUCGCUUUAUUUCCCCAAUGUGCUCUGA